GGGUUGCCAACUGACACACUACGAGAAAGGGAAAGCGGUGCGCACGGGGAGCGGCCGGGCGUCUGUUCAAGUGUGCUUCGCCGAAACAGUUCGUGGUGGAGAAUUAUGAUUUUUAAGGCUGCGCCGAGGCAAAAAUGCAAUGGAGGUCAAUAGUAGUUGGUCUUCUCUUGUUGAGACUGGCGUUCAGUUUUAUUCUAUGGCUUACCUUCGGACUGGGACCUAGCUGGGGCUUCAACUUCCCCAUAAAUUUCAAUUUCAGUUUGCACAAAAUUGAGCUCUUCGGAGAGAAGGUGGGCGCAGACCCCAGGAGCGGUGCGUGGCUCAGACACCUCGCCGGACAUCAUCAUCAUCAUCAUGGACAGGGACAUCCGAGGACCUGCUCCCAGACCGAGGAGCACGGGUACAAGAAGCCGUACCUGCGCUUCUUCGAGGAUGGCGGAGACGAAUACGCCAAGAAGUACAGCUUCUUCCCAGAAAAGCUGAAGGCAGAGAUGCGCGGCAUGGCCAGGGACAUGUUCUACUUCGGCUACGAGAACUACAUGAAGUACGCGUUUCCCGAGGACGAGCUGAACCCCAUCGACUGCCAGGGCAGAGGACCCGACGUGCUCAACCCGUCAAACAUCAACAUCAAUGAUGUGUUGGGGAACUAUUCUUUGACCCUCAUCGACACGCUUGAUACACUACUGGUGCUGGGGAACGUGUCAGAAUUUCACAGGGCCGUGAAGCUGGUCAUUGAUACGGUGUCCUUUGAUAAGGACUCCACCGUUCAGGUGUUUGAGGCCAACAUCAGGAUCCUUGGAAGCCUGAUCUCAGCUCACAUCCUCCUGACAGACUCCAAGCAGCCCUUUGGCAAUGUGGGUUUGGAGGACUAUGACAAUGAGCUCUUGCACCUGGCACACGAUCUGGCCGUCCGGCUCCUGCCAGCGUUUGAGAACACCGGCACAGGCAUCCCGUACCCCAGGGUAAAUCUCAAGAGUGGUGUUCCUCCGGAUACCAUUAAUGAGACCUGCACUGCGGGUGCUGGGUCCCUUUUGGUGGAGUUUGGGAUUCUGAGCCGCCUCAUUGGAGACUCCACAUUUGAGUGGGUGGCCCGGCGAGCUGUCAAAGCACUCUGGAACCUGAGGAGCAAUGAGACAGGAUUGCUAGGAAACGUGGUUAACAUCCAGACAGGCCAGUGGGUGGGAAAACAGAGUGGUCUGGGUGCAGGAAUGGACUCUUUCUAUGAGUACUUGCUGAAGUCCUACAUCCUCUUUGGGGAAAAGGAAGAUUACAAGAUGUUCAAGGCUGCCUAUGAGAGCAUUCAUAACCACCUCAGAAGAGGGCGGGAAGCAUGUAAUGAAGGGGAAGGUGACCCUCCACUCUAUGUCAAUGUGAACAUGUUCAAUGGGCAGAUUAUGAACACUUGGAUCGAUUCCUUACAGGCCUUCUUCCCUGGGCUUCAGGUGCUAAAUGGAGAUGUGGAGAAUGCAAUUUGCCUGCAUGCUUUUUACUACGCAAUAUGGAAGCGUUUUGGGGCCCUCCCAGAGAGGUACAACUGGCAGCUCCAAGCUCCAGAUGUCCUUUUCUAUCCUUUGAGGCCUGAGCUGGUAGAAUCUACAUACCUGCUCUACCAGGCUACCAAGAAUCCCUUUUAUUUGCAUGUGGGGAUGGAUAUCCUUCAAAGCAUUGAGAAAUAUACCAAAGUCAGGUGUGGUUAUGCUACUCUCCAUCACGUAGUGGACAAAUCUAAAGAGGAUCGCAUGGAGAGCUUCUUCCUCAGUGAGACGUGUAAAUAUCUCUAUCUGCUGUUUGAUGAGGACAACCCCUUGCACAAGUCUGAGAGCAAGUACAUCUUCACCACAGAGGGCCACGUGGUGCCUAUAGACAAGCGCUUCCGGGAGAAGCAGUGGAAUGAUGGCGAACUCUCCGAUCAGGACAUGACCAAUGUGCCUCAUACCAACACCAGCAAUUGUGACAGAAUUCCUGACGAGCGACGGUAUGCACUACCCUUGAAGAGUGUUUACAUGAGGCAGAUAGAUCACAUGGUGGGACUGUCGUGAGGUUGUGUACAUCGCUGGGGUCUCUCGCUUUGGACUAUGAGGUAUAAGGUAGACCACAACUGAAUGGCCUACAUCUCCUGGGAAGGUAUUUACUGAUACGGGUUUCUUCACAGAAAAUAUUUUUCUUCAAGAUGGGUUUUCCUGCAUCUUGCUAUUUUUUUCCCCAACAGCAGAAGUUCUAGAUCAGCUCAAGAGCAUGACAGAUGAAAUUACCAGAGAUGCGUAUUAUAGGCACAGUUUCCUUGAAUUUUAAUUUAUUUUUAAUAUUCUCCCUCUUCCUCCUGAACACAUUGAAGUUGGUUUUCUUCCUUUCCCUUUUAAGGAAUCUUGUGCUACCACAUUCUCAAUAUAUAGGCCAUGGCCCAUUGCUUCCUAGUAGGUCCAGCAUUGAGAAUUAAUUAAAUUUGUUUCCAAAGCAAUCGCUGAUCUUUGCCUUUCUAGGCCACUCAUUCUACAAAUACAAAACAGAUCAAUUGAGUGACUAAAAAAAAUUGAUCUUUGAAUGGUCAUCUUGCCUUGAAAUGCUUCCAAUGUUCAGAUGUUUCUUGCAUAUUCCAAGUUCAGCUGUGUGACUGAAGGUUUUGGUUUCUGUUAGACAAGUUACCUGGAGGCACUAAUAUUCAAAGCUGGAGUGUGUUGAGACCUAAGCACAGUGAAGUCAAUGUUGGGCUCCCAAGGUGCUGUUGACACUGUUAAUGGUGAACUAGAGACCUAGAAUAUUUAAUUGUGCCUUGGAUCUCCCCCCCCAAAGCAUAAAGCAAUGUAAUCCUACAGUAUCAUGUCUGUGGGCAAGUAUGUUUUUGUUUUGUAAAGGUUAUUUAUUGGGGCUGGCUAGAGUUAUGAGAGGCACCUGAGAUCUAUGGAUAAACACAUGCAAGACUGAUUUGUAAACAUGUUUUAAUAUAAAGUUUCUAGUUUAUUUUAUGACAUGCUAUGUUAUAUUGUAUGCUGUAAAAUGGUAUGCCAAAAUCACCAAAUUGAAGUGUCUUAUUGUGUUCACUGGUCAUGUUUUCAGGUGUUAUCAGUCCAUCUUUGGUAUGGUGGAUUUCCAUUGUGCCUCUGGGUUGACUUGUGUCUGGAGAGGCUGUUAGUCUGAACUGAGAAGGUACUGGAAAUUAACUUGGUCUCCUUUCUUCCUCAGCUGUGUGGCGUAACCAUCUUGGUGGUCAAGUGAUUUCCUUUUGGAUGUUAAUUCAUAGCAAACCCCAUCUGGCAAUGCACCUAUAACCCUAAGAGACAUUGGGUUCCAUUUUACAGUUUUCUUCCUUUUCAAACACACAUCUUUCAGUUGAGUUCUCUCCCAGCUGGUAGUUUGUACUUGAUGUACUUACUCUUCCAUGUUUUAACACAUUGGUUAAAAUAACAUGCAACUGUAGUCCUCUAAACAUUUGAGCCGUUAGCUUUCUCCAAAAGUAGCAUUGUUUUCCUUCUUAAAAUUACAUUUUAAUGUGGUUUUGGUUUCAGAUGAAUUCCUUAAUUUUUGGGAAUGAAUUUUGGUACAAUUUGACUGUUCAUUUAAGGUUUCCUGUCAGUGUAGUACAGUAUGGACUGAAAAUGGCUAAUUCAACAGUGAUAUUUUAUUUAAAGGUUUCUGUUACUUUAUAUUUGACUAACAUGCACAAGACACAAGUGAACAAAGCCAUAGUCCUUUAAGGGUAUAUUUAUGUAAUGUUCAAGUAAUAUUGUGUGUGCAGGCAUGUGGAGGUUGAAUGAUUCUCCCCAGAACAAUGUGAAUAGUCAUAUUCUCAAAUCUCUAGAGCCCUUCUGAGAACUGUCUGUUAGCUGGGCGCAAGAGGCGUAAAUAUGUUUUUGUGUCAUAACUGUUAUUGUUUGGGGUUGGAAGUGCAUGCAUGCAGAGGCCUUUCUUUUAAAAUGGGACUGUCCAUUAAAAAAAAAAAAAACUACCAGGUGCUGUGUAGCCACCUUGUGUGUCUUAGCAGUGUUUUUCACAGUGCUCACUGGAAACUGGUUGAAUAAUUGCAACAAGAAUCUCAGGGACUGAUGGUAUCAACAGGUUGUUUUUUAAAACUGUGUCUGAAUAUGGUUAUUGGCAUGUUUAACAUUUUAUUGUUUCCAUUCUGGGCUUUCAUCCUACCCCUUCCAUUUUAGUCAUUCAAAAUGUAUUGAUGUAACUGAUUCUCCUCUGUAAUGAUUUAUGGGUCAGUUCUAUUGUCAGCUCUGCGUUCUUCCCAGUGCAAUGUCUUAUUUACUUUCUGAGGUUUCUGAGUGCAAGAAGCUAACAAAAAUCAUUGUUUGCGUUAAUAUUAAAAACCGUAUACCUUUUUCUUUUUAAUGCUUAAAUCUGAAUUUCAGGUGGCAUCUUUUCACCAAACGUGCCAUACCCUCAGAAAAAAAGCAUUACGAAAAUAUUUUUAAUUUUACAACAGCUUUUGAUGUAACGGAACAAACUUGUCAGACUGUCAAACUUCCUCCACACAUUGUUCUUAAUAAAAUAUUCAGAA